GAAGUCAGAACAAACAUUGUAAACUCCUCCGUUUAUUUGUAUCCUAAUGCCCCCUGAGAAUUGCGUUCUGUGGCCACCGAAAUCUCACCUCGUUAACUCCUUUCCUUUUUUUCCUCGAAACUGUUUUGUGUACUGAAAAUUGAGAUUGGUUCUUGUCAUUGGAGAAAACUGAGAAGCUGUGAUAGCAUGUUCCCCCUUUAAACCCCAACUCAACAAGUACAGUACAGUACAGUACGAAGCUAUAGCUGUGUUGAUGCUGUAGUCACUAGCCUCAACCUCACUCACUCUCACUCAAACUUUGUAUUGUACCUGACCCAUUUCGAUGAACCUUAAUACCAAGCUUCUUCAUUUAUAAGUUCAAACUCCAUCUUAUCAAACAAAUUUUUCAUUUUUACCCUACUUUUUGGGUUAAUGGCUGCUUCUGCUUUGACAUUAACAUCCCCAUUCUUUUUCAGAAAACCCCACUACAGAAUCUCACCUUUCAAUGGCCAUUCCCUCAUCUUAAAUGGCAAACAAUCUUUUAAAUCAAACACCUGCUCAACCAUUCAAGCUUCCCCCAAUUUCAGACCUCCUCUUGCAAUUGCUCCUUUUUCAUUGACCCAAGUGAGAGCUUCUUCUGAUGGAUGUUUGGACGUUGCUGAUGAAACAGAAAAAUUGCUGCUUUUUGAGGAAAAGCCAGUUAAAUUCACUCUCUGGGUACUUUUCUGGGCCUCUCUGUCCCUGGCUUGGUUUGCUGUUUCAAGGGAUGCUAAUGCUGCUGUUGACUCUAUUAAAGCCUCUGGCUUUGGCUUAGAGAUUGCCAAUUCUUUGAGAAAAUUGGGCUGGCCUGAUGGGGUUGUGGUUUUCACCCUUGCUACUCUUCCUGUGCUUGAACUUCGUGGGGCUAUUCCUGUUGGCUAUUGGAUGCAACUCAACCCUGCAACUUUAACGGUGUUAUCCAUUCUUGGGAACAUGAUCCCUGUGCCGUUCAUCAUACUCUACCUGAAAAGAUUUGCAUCUUUCCUCGCUGCAAGGAGCUCUUCUGCAUCACGGUUCCUUGACAUGCUAUUUGAGAAUGCCAAAGAGAAGGCUGGUCCAGUGGAGGAGUUUCAGUGGCUUGGUCUUAUGCUGUUUGUUGCUGUUCCUUUUCCUGGAACAGGAGCAUGGUCUGGAGCCAUUAUAGCAUCCAUUCUUGAUAUGCCAUUCUGGAGUGCUGUGUCUGCAAAUUUCUUUGGUGUUGUAUUUGCUGGGCUGCUGGUAAAUUUGAUAGUGAACCUUGGUCUCAAAUACGCAUUCAUUACCGGUAUCAUCCUUUUCUUUGUUUCCACAUUCAUGUGGAGCAUCCUUAGAAAUCUUAAAAAAGGUUUGAGCUCAUCAAGCUGACGUAAGUGUUUUAUUUUCCUUUAUCAGUACACAGACAAUUGUUAAAGUUUUGUUGUUCAUUCUCUUCCUUGGUUUUUAUGAGCUUAGG